AUGAGAAUGAUGGCUGAGAAUGUUGAUUGUCGAGUUGAGUGUGAUUAUGGUAAUGGAGAUGGUGUUGAUACUAAAGGUGAUGACUUUACGUGUCACGAGCGUCACGGCGUAGAGUACCUGCUGACCAAAAUGACGUCACCGACAACUCAGGCGCUGAUUGGUGGAAUCGACCCCGGCCUUUGUCGAGUGGCGAGCCAUCUGGCGGACAAAUAUGGGAAGCUAUUUUUACCUUGGUCGUGUCUAGAGGUCCCGCCGCGCGUGCAAUUGAAAGCGACAGCCGCCCACGACAGUCGCGAGGGCGUCGGCGGAGGCAGGAAGGCCGGCGAGGAACCGUGGGCGGAAGGAAGUCACGUUGCCAUGGUUACGCCCACGGCUCUGCAGAUGGCAAGGGCGGCGGUGGGCGUUUUGAGUCAUUUCAAGUGGAGGCACGUUGUUAUCAUCACCGUGGCUUAUGUGUUGGUGCUACCCUCGACGUCCGCCAUGCUGCUUCGCGUCAUGCAAGUGGCGGAGGAACAGGGCAUCACCAGAUCCUCCGUCUUCCUGGUCCUCGACCCUCUCUACGCGCCCACGCCCUCGCCUACCCCCGCCCGUCACCACGCCCGCCGCCCCGCAGGCCAGGAGGGCGGAAGAGGAGAGUCCCGCGGGUGCUGAAAGGAGGUAUCAGGGCCUGGGUCAACUGGCACUGAUGGCCGGCGAGGCAGCGAGGGCUGUGAUGGUUCUCGCGCCCGCCACCAGAGGUCCAGCGGCUGUGCCGGCCGCCGCCAAGACUUCGUCUUCGUCGCCUUCGCGCCGCCCAUCCUCCGCGGGCGGGAAGGGCCAUCCGAAAAUCACCCUCUCACCUCCCGCAGGGAAGAAGAGUAAAGAUGGUAAAGAAGGAGGGAUAAAAGAACUGGAGGAGGAGAGAGAGAGAGGUGAUAUCCCUCCGCCAUCCCUCACUCCGAGGCUCAACCAAUCAGCAUCCACGAUGCUGACGCGCCUCGUGUACGACAGCAUGAGUCUGCUUUCGCACGUGCUGAGGGCCAACGUCCCCGCCGUUCGGCUGCGCAGGAGGGUCGCCGAGUCUGCCUCUCCCUCUUUCCUGCCCUCUUCCUCGCUUUCCUCUUCUUCCUCCUCUUUUUCUUCUUAUUUGUCUUAUUCCUCUUCGUCUUCUUCGCUCUCUAACGUGGAUUCAUCAUCUGGUGCUUCUUCCCCUCCUUCGUCGCCUUCCUCCUCUUUACCUCCUUGGUUCUGGUUCCCCAAGAGUUCGAUGCCGUCUUCCUUAAUCUCGUCUUCCUAUUCUCCUUCCUGGUCUUCCUCCUCAUCCUCGCCCUCAUCACCGUCGUCUUCGUUGCCAUCUUCUUCUUCUUCUUCCCCCUCUCCUUCCCCUUCUCCUUCCCUCUCCUCAGGAAGACGGAGGAGGAAGAGGACGGGCGGCGAGGGUCCAGCGCCCGAAGCCACAGCGUCCAGAGGCGACUCACCUACGAAGAAGGAGGGAGAGAAAGAGUACAAUAAACAGCCGAGAGAAGAGCCAGAAGAAGCGGAGGGAGAAGAAAAAGAGGAAGAGACAGAGCAGGCGGAGAGAGAUCGCCUCUAUUUCGAGAUGAAGAGCAUAGGAGGGGAAAAAGAAGGGAAAGAAUUUGAAAGACGUCUCGAGACCCUCAUUGGCUCCAGGAGAAUCAAAGAAAACGGGUUCAAUAGACACAAAAAGAUGGAGGGGGGACUGAACAAAUCUCAGGUCAUUGAGAUGAAAAUCAAACGACCCACAUAUUUCCCGGCUUUGCUCGGCGACGGCUUCGUGGAUAUGUCGGGAGAGAGGUCGUACGAUUUCCUAUUGCUCGACUGGAGACCGAAAACGCAAGAUAUGAUCGCUGUUCUCGAAGUGGCGACCGG